AUGAUUUUUCGAAAAGCUCGCGACGGCCGGGGAGCCAAAUGGGCCCCGCGACUGGUUGGAUCUUCGUUUGCUGACGCCGGGUUCUGUGGCGCUUCAGCGAAUUCAGGCCUUUUUCGAUUCCAUGAUGCCAUCUCGGGUGCCAUCGGGCAGGAGUUCAUGGACGAGACGUUUGUUCGAGAUGGAAUGCAGGCGCAUGUAUUCGCCUACGACUGGCUGGGAAGGCAGUUUGCUGUUUCGUCCAACCUGUCCGAAACUGGAGAACGUUCGUCCCAGGAACGGACGGUAGUGGUGUUCAGCCCGUUUGACAUGAGUAUCACUCCGUUGAUGCAUGUCGACCAGUUUAUGGACACGCUCGGUCUCGAGAUGAUGGUGGAUUUCCUUCAAGUGGACCUCUUUAGGGCAUGGCGCCAAAAGCAUGGGAUCGAUUCGCUCGAUCUGUCUCACUGCGCUGGAACAACGGUACCGGCGUAUUGCAAUGGUUCCUUGCAACUGUCCAAUCUCACGUACGACGAUAUGGAUGUUUACCUCACGUUCUGCUCUCAGACCUGGAACCAGAUGAAACGACACCCACCGGGUUCAGCCCCGCCCAAACUGGUUUGCAAGUGA